CACGAUGAAGAGCUGCAGGACCUAGCAUGAAGGUCGGAGGGACACAACAGAAGUAAAGAGUCUGUGUUAUGUAAAGUGUGGACAAGAGGCAGGGCUACAGAGGCACCAUCUGUUCUUCCAACCAGCCGUCAUUAGAAGAAGUGGCUACGUCAUGAUGUGAAGGCAUCCCCACUCUGCGUCUUUUUCAUGUUCAGUAAACGGGAAACGGUGAAGUCAUGUCUGUUUUGCUGAGGAAAAUAAGGCACACAAACUCAGCAGCUGCUUCUGUGCUAGAACGAGCAGAUUUUUGUACAGAUUCAGAGAUCCAGUCACUGACUAGGGAAGACCUGCAUGAGUUGUUUCCUGGACCUGAAAAACUGAAACUGAGAAAGACAAUCUUUGGAAUAAUACAGAAACCGAAACCAAUUGAUGUGAUCCUGAAAGAGCUCAAAGGUUUCAUUCCACAUGACUCUCUCAGAGAUGCUCUAUCUAGAAAUGGAGUCUUGGUUGACUACCUUCAUGUCCUGAAGGACCUGAGGACUCAAGUAAAUAAUGUUCAGAGUUUCCUCGAAGCUCAUAUUGGUCUUCUGGAGGACAUUAGUCAAGUUCAACCAGACCAGGAACCUGAAAGAGGUGGUUUUCCAGGCACAAGCGCCUCAGGCCCCUGUGCUCCUGUAGAGCAAAACAACAUCCCAGCUGAUAUCCAUCCAUAUGGAGCACAUGUGAUGUACCAGAUGGUGGUCAGUGGUAAAACCUUUGAUGCACAUCUUCAGUUGAUGGCCAAGGUGCAGGCUCAAGUUCAGGACCGAGUCCAGCUCAUUUCAUGCAGCCAGGAUGGUCAGAUAAUCAUCGUCUUCUGCCAAAUCAGUUCACACACCGGGACAGACAUUGAUGAAGCCAUGACUAAUGUAACAGAUGACGUACCCACUAUUCUGGUGCUGAUGCACCACACACACAAAGUCAAGCACACAGUGUCAAUGAAGCCUAGGUCUGAUUACUCAAAUAUUGUGUUGUAUGUCAGUCUUUUCUACCACGAGGCAGCGCAUGGAUUGCUGAGAUGUCGAGAGAAUUCAGUCGCUGUCUCUCAGAUAAAAGACAAAUUACUGGAAUUCAGUAUUCCAAUAAAUAAAUGGGGUUUAAAUGGUGAAUAUAAUAGGAAUGAUAAUAUUGCUGGUGAUGUAAAUGCUGGCAGUGAGUUUGGUUUCAGAUUGUUUAGCAGUAGCAGCAGCAGCAGCAGUAGUACUAGUAGUAGUAACAGUGAAAGUAAAAGUGUAUGGGAGGGUGGUGAGUAGAAGGGCCAGCUCUAUUUUUGGGAACAAUGUUAUUUUUCCUUGUAAGACAAAGAAGAAACUUGUGUUACUUUCUUUGUUCAGUCAGGUAAUAUAGAUAUAAAUAUUUUUAACUUUCUAUCAAUGUUUUGCUUGUUGAUUUGUUAUU